CGGCCUGUACAAUAGGACUGUUGUGUGGUAGUGGAAAGGAGGCUGCAGCUUUUUUCUCGUAUUGACAUUGUGCACCUGGACAUAUCUUUAAUAAUACACAUUUAUUCACAUCAUUCUGGACCUCUAACGCGAGCAGAACUAUCCGGAGAUCUCAGUGGGUUAAUCAGAGCUGGUUUGGAGUGUAAGGAAUGAGAACUGGAUGCCGGACGCAGGCUGAGAGAACACAUUAGCUCGCUCUACGGCUCGAACUUUAUGGAUAAAUCAGGAUGAAACGACUCAGGACUUCAAGCAGUAGUGACAGUUCCGACAAUGAGAGUCCCUCCACCUCCUUUUCCAAGAAUAAGUAUGGCAGUAAAGCGGGGACCCCCACUUCUGCCCAGAAGAAGCCAGCAGAGGUGUUCAGGAAAGACCUGAUCAGUGCCAUGAAGCUACCGGACUCGCACCACAUCUCUCCUGAUGAUUAUUACCUGCUGGCUGAUACCUGGAGGCAGGAGUGGGAGAAAGGGGUGCAGGUCCUGGCCAGUCCUGAUACCAUACCCCAACCCUCUGUCAGGAUCAUGGCAGAGAGGCCGAAGGAGAUUCUGUUCUCCAGGCCGAGGAAGUACAUCCAGUGUUGGACUCAGGACUGCACAGAGACAGGCUACGUGAACAUUAAGGAGCUGGCUGAGGCCAUGUGCAGGUAUGACCUGGACGACACUGACCUGUACUGGCUACAACACCUCAACAUGGAGCUGCUGCACAUGGGGGAAGGGACGGUGGACGAGCUGACCAUGGAGCGAACCAUGGAGGCUCUGGAAAGAAAGUGCCAUGACAACAUGAACCACGCCAUCGAGACGGAGGAAGGGCUGGGCAUUGAGUACGAUGAGGACGUCAUCUGUGAUGUGUGUCGCUCACCUGACAGCGAGGAGGGAAACGACAUGGUCUUCUGUGACAAGUGCAAUAUCUGUGUUCAUCAGGCUUGUUACGGCAUCGUAAAAGUUCCAGACGGAAACUGGCUGUGUAGAACCUGCGUCCUGGGCAUCAACCCACAGUGUGUCCUGUGUCCCAAUAAAGGAGGAGCGAUGAAGGCCACGCGAGCAGGAACCAAGUGGGCUCACGUCAGCUGUGCUCUCUGGAUACCUGAGGUGAGCAUUGCAUGUCCAGAGAGGAUGGAGCCCAUCACAAAGCUGUCUCACAUUCCACCCAGUCGCUGGUCUCUCAUCUGCAGUCUCUGCAAGAUCAAAACUGGGGCCUGCAUCCAGUGUUCGGUGAAGAACUGCACCAUCCCUUUCCACGUCACCUGCGCCUUCGAGCACAACCUGGAGAUGAAGACCAUCCUGGACGAAGGCGACGAGGUGAAGUUUAAAUCCUACUGCCUGAAGCACAGCAAGCCCAAAGCAACCGAACCCGGUCUGAGCCCGGCCCGACACAAACCCCCGACCGAGACCGAGAAGGUGGGGCUGAGGGCGCAGAAGCUCCAAGAGCUGGAGGAGGAGUUCUACAAGCUGGUUCAGCCGGACGAGGUGGCGCAGGAGCUGGGGCUGCCUCUCCACCUACUCGACUUCAUCUACCAGUACUGGAAGCUGAAGAGGAAGAGCAGUUUUAACAAAGCCCUUCUACCUCCUAAAGAGGAGGAGGAGAACCUGCUGAGGCAGCCGCAGGAGGACAGCAUACACACGCGCAUGCGCAUGUUUAUGCAUCUCCGCCAGGACCUGGAGAGGGUGAGGAACCUGUGCUAUAUGGUGAGUCGGAGAGAGAAGCUGAAACUGUCUCAGAGUAAAGUCCAGGAGCAGAUCUUCAACCUUCAUGUCAAACUCAUGAACCAAGAACAAGCUGCAGAGCUGCCCGUGUCAUCCAACGUGGAGAACCUGAUCUUCCCGCCUCCUCCCAGGAUAACCAUCAAACUCAAAAUCAAAAGCAAAACCAGCACCAAGUCGGGAAACGGUCCGUUGUGUCCGGAUAACAGCAGCAACGUGUACGACGUGGGCGGGGCCGGGAUGGGGCAGGGCAAACCUCAGCUCCAGCACAGCCGAGCGCCGAGGGACGAGAGGACCAAUGGCAUCGUCCCCAUCACCAAGCCGACAGGGAAGCCUCUGGCGCUGCAUGCCGCCCUGCAUGGCCACGCGGCCAAACCCGAACAGGACCGACCGCACCAGCAUUCGCUCAAACCCAACGGCAUCGUGGAGAAGACCACGGUUCAGAGAAAUGCCUCGUGCCACACGACUCCGCCCGAACCAGGGACGUGCGACAAGCAUUCUGGGAAAAGUCAGCCAGGCGCGUUUCAUAAAUCCACCAUGGAGCACUUCAGCAGAACCCUGAAAGAAGCCACCGUCAGCCUGGUACGGACUACUGCCGAUCUCUGGAGCGGCAACAAGAACGGCCAUAAAAACAAAGAGAGGAUGAACUGCGGAAAAGCCACGAGUGCUGAACGAGCACCGAAGAGCGUCAGAGGAUACCAAGAGAGCGACGGAUACUGCCCCGACCUCGAGCUUAGCGACUCGGAACCUGAAGCCAGAGGCAAGCGACAGAGAGAGAGGGAGCGGACGGGGAGAGGGCUGAGCGAGAGGAGUCCGGCCGCCGGCUACGGACGUGGAGGAGCUCGAGGGAACGUUGCGCUAGGUUCCAGGAAUUCGGUGCAAAGGUGACGAGCUUGCAUACGCAAAAAAAUUUCCCGCCGACUGAUGUAGGUCUGCUGAAGUAAAGCUCUGUCGCGUCUCUCAGGAGGGAUGAGCUCCCAUCGCACCGGCCGACGGCUCGGAAAAAGCGGUUCCGAAAGUGGUGUCGGAGCUGCCUUAUAAACUACACACAUGAGAGACAACACUGUCUAGCAGUGUUUCUGUAUAUACUGGUUAAAUAGUUUUUUUAGGUUGUGUAUAUAUUAGCUGGUGUAUCAGGAGUGAUGUUGAUUUCCACAUCCUCCAAACAUUCUUAUGGUUAUGCAAAUAAAUAAACGCAUAAGAACGUCAGAGUCUGACGCCAUGGGUUUGUGUCUCCCUGCCUGCUGUUCGUGUUAGCGUUAGCAUGCUUGGCUGAUCCUCCGUUCCAAAGCCGGUGUGUCUUGUGAGUAGCUUCUGGGUACCUACGUGUAUCUGAUGAGAGUCGAUUUUUAAUUUUUUAACAAUGCUAUAUUUUUUACUUUGCAAUGUUUGUAGGGGGUUGAAGAGAAUCGUAAGAACUGAUCUGCCAGAGAAGUUUAAACACUGUAUCACUAUAACGCUAUAACACUAUGUGGCCACUAGCGUGCAGUGUGGGGAGCAAUUUUUUAGUGUUUAUUUUAUUUCGGUCAGAUCUAUACUUUCGAUCGUGAGCUGUUUAGAGAGAGAGAGAGGGUGAGCGCGAGUGUGUGUUCUGAGUUAGAUUCCAGACCAAAUCAGUGUUGGACAUAUAAAAGCAGAAAUAAAUUUUCCACUUGCACAUUUUUCAUAUUUCUUUUCCUACUGAUGUGUCGUUCAUGAAGGAGUCGACUCUGAGUCAGUUCUUUUUUAUCUAAUUGUUGAGAAUCGUCUUGCAAAUAUGACCGUUUUUACUUCCUCUUUUGUUUCUGUGAAAGUAGGAAACGUUUUUUUUUUGCUCUUCCGGUAUAAAUGCAUCAAAAUGCUUCCAUGGAACUUUCUUUUCAAUCAUCUAAGCUGCUUAUUAGUGGGAGUUAAUUUAUCUUUAGUGACCGCAAUUAUUAAAUCAAAUAAAACUUUGAAGUCUUUGUCCAUCCGAACAGAUCCGGGGGGGGGGGUCCACUUUCAGUCGUGUUUAUGUUUAGAUAAGUUAUUCUAGAAAAAAUGGCAAGGAGUCAUUUGUGGGCCUAAUGAGUCGACUCUGAUUCAUAAGUGAGCCAAAUGAUUCACUGACUCACUGAAAAUGGCAAAGAGUCAUUUGUGAUUCAAAGGUAUCGACUCUGAUUCAUAAGCUGAGUCAUAUGAUUCACUGACUCACUGAAAAGAACUGGUAAUCCUUUCCCCCAUGGCUUGCAUCCCUCAUGUGAUGUUUUAUUUUAAUAAAUCUUUGAAAUUAUCCCUGACGGUGUCCAAAAAACAUGACAUUGAGUCAUUUCUUUAAAAAAUGAGCUGAGUAAAAUGAUUCACUGACUCUCUAAAAAAGGAAUAGAGUUCUUAUACCAAGAUUUGUGUCCAUUAUUUUGUAUAUUUGGCUGAAAAAUAAAUCUAAUUGUUGCAGACCUUUGCUAUGUAAAAAAAAAAGAAUCGUUGGCUUGUGACCUGAAAGAAUCAAAUCUUAACUUAUUAGUAAGCUGAGCCAUAUGAUUCAAUGAUUAUUGUAGAGCGAGUCACUGAGUCAUUUGUGAGCUGAAAGAGUCGACUAUUUGGUGAGCAGAGUCAAAUGAUUCACUGACUCACUAAAAUAAUCUUGAAUUCCCAUCAGACAACCUAUAACUUAAUAAUUUAGUCGACUUACUUUUUUUGUGCUGCCUUCACCUCGUUUGCAUGAAGUUCAGAUUUGUCAGGUUCCGCCAGUUGUGUUCCCAUCAUGCACUGCACAACGCUGCAGAUCUCUCUACUGUAACAAAGACGGGAAGUUGUGAGUGGACACGUACCAUUAAACCACCAAACCCUGAAAUGCUGCAAAGUACAUAGCUUUUAAUAAAUUUGCAUAUUAAAGUGGAGGAAACUGCCACGAGCUAGGAGACUAGCAUGUCCGGUCUGUUGUGUACUUACCAGACCAAUAAUCCUGCCAAAAGAAGUGUACACACACACACACUAAUAAUAAUCACAUACUUACACUGAAUAAAUGUAAAUCAAGAAUGCUCUUUUUUUUUUUUCUGAACCUCUCCACAUCCUGACCCGCGCAGCUCUGUGUAACGUGACCUGAACCUCAGUGUUGCUUCUCUGUAGCUUGAAUCCAGGUCUUGAUGAUGGUCCUUUAUGUUCUUCCAGGAAAAAACCCCAACAGCAUUGUGUACUGUGUGCUACUACAGGCAAUAGACGACACUGUAACAGUGUGCAUGAACUUUACAUCACGUUUGGAUACCAGUACUGUCCUUUUUUCAUUAUUUCUUACCUGAUGCUAUAUAUUGAAAUGGAUUUUUUUUUAAGACUGAGCCUCUUGCAAUAAAACUUUGA